AGAUCGCGGGCGCCGCUCCUGCUGCCCCGGGGAGGAUGGAGCCCGUCGGAGCGCCCGGUUAGCCAGCCCGCCGCCGGCUACUCUCCAGGGGCCCCGAGGUCUUCCGAUGUCCUUGGUUGACCCAAGACUUUCCCCAGAAUGCCCCUCCCCACGAGCGCCACCGAGCGCAGCCCCGAAGACAGCAUGGACCCUGUCCCUGAAGAGUUCCAGCAAGUCCUCUCCAUCGACCAGAUCCGUGCCAUCCGCGCCACCAACGACUAUGUGGAGAGACCGGCCUCCUUCAAGCAAGCACCAUUGAGCCUUCCUCUCUCCCAGCCCCACGCCAAGCCGGAGGCAACUCAGGAACGCCCCCUGGCAUCGGCCUUCCAGGACCUUCCGCCGGGCCAGCUGCACCAGGCGCUGCCGCCGCUGAGCCAUUCCAGCACCGCCAGCUCUCUCUCACACAGCACCACGGCCUCUGAGCAGCGGCUGCUGGGCGGCCUCACGCCUUCUCACUCCGGGCACUCGCUGGUCCGGAUGCAGCCCUGUCUGGGUGACCGGAAGCCCGAGGAGGCAUCGAAGGGGUCGCCCGGGAAGCCCCCCGCCGUCCACUCCGGCCACCUCUUCAUCUGCGAAGAAUGCGGCCACUGCAAGUGCGCCCACUGCGCGGCGGCCCGCAGCUUGCCCUCCUGCUGGCUGUGCAACCAGCGCUGCCUCUGCUCGCCGGAGAACCUCAUUGACUAUGGGACGUGCCUCUGCUGCGUCAAGGGCCUCUUCUACCACUGCUCCUCGGACGACGAGGACACCUGCGCCGACGACCCCUGCUCCUGCGGCCCGGGCUCGUGUUGCGUCCGCUGGGUUGCCAUGAGCUUCCUCUCGGUGUUCAUGCCCUGCCUCUGCUGCUACUUCCCGACCUUGGGGUGCCUCAAACUCUGCCAGCGGGGCUACGACGCUGUCAAACGGCCCGGCUGCCGUUGCCGGAACCACACCAACACGGUCUGCCGGAAGAUCUCCUUUACGAGCGGAGCCGCUUUCCCUAAGACUUUGGACAAGCCGGUAUGACUUCCCUUGGGGUCCAGGGAGACGGGAACGGGCGGUUUCCUCUCCUUCGUCAUCCUCAUCCUCUUAGCCAUGUCCGCCUUUCGGUUUCCCGAGCUGAAAGCCUCCCGCUGGGAAACAAGCGACGAUGGAACGGGCGGCCCCGGCUGGCCGGCGAAGCUCGCUUGGGAUUGUGUGAAGUUGUUCGGUGGCGGCGGAGAGCGCUCUCUCGUCCCUUGCGCUUCUGAGGCUUUUGCACAUUUCAAUCAUGGCUGAAGGCAGGAAGCUGAGGCAUGCACUAAAUCUCUGUGGCCGGGGGGACUGGGAGCGUGCGGUGGCCGGGGGAGGUUGGGAUUGGGAGGAGAACGUGCAGGAUGAUUAUGGAAUGGCUCAGGGUUUCUGGCCCCAGAAUGCCUUAUGAGUUAAUUGGUCUGUGGGGGGUGGGUGGGAACUAAGGUCAUUGCACUCUGGCAUCUGAAAGAACGUGCUGUUCUAGAACCUAAUUCUCACUCUCUCCUGGCGACGGUGCAAAGCUGGUGUUCCGCUUCUCCUCCUCAUAGCGCACGUUGGGAAAGAAGGAAAGGUCAGGGGGCAGAGGUAGCAAAGCUGAGCCUAAAAGCAGCUCUUCAAGACAGUUGGGGGCUCUCACGGCCCUCAAGGGGGUCUCGUCCAGCAAAGGAUCCACUCGUCAAGGGAGUGCCUCGUAAGAGGCUUUCACGUAGCAGCAACAACCUGAGACACAGCUUGCUCUUGCCAUUAUGGAUAUGUGUGGAUGUUAUUGGUGCACACUGUUAUCUGAAGUCGAGAGGUUAUAACGAGAUGGGCCCAUCGGGAGCGGUGCUUAGGGUGUCAGACUAGAUCUGGGUUGACCCCAGUUCAAAUCUUUAUUUAGUCACGAAGCUGCCGUGGGCCAGUAACUUUUGCCCAGUAUCACCUAUGUCACACAAGCAUGUUGAGGAUAAAACAUGAAUAAAAGAGGCUGUGUCCACUCUGAGCUCUUAGGCAGAGGGAGGCGGUUGCCCCAGGUGGGAGUGGCUGGUGCAGGUGAGCAUGGUGGGGUUUCUGCUCUACGUGUUCUGAACACCUUGGCCGUCCCCCUCUCUGGGGCAGGCAGAGAUGAUUACACCGCACCAGCUGUCUCGGCGCCCUUAAGCUCACCUGAUCUUUAUGAUGUGGUCGAUGAUAUUAUGGCGUCAGCAGGAUGGAACUGCAUUUCCACUUGGAUUCUGUACAGUGGAACAGGGCAGAAACAUCACCUUGUCCUCAGCCUCAGGCAGCAAAAGGUCUUGGGAUGGCCCUGGGGCAGAAUUUAAAUGUCAUAACUUGAGGCCUCAUUUCCUUCUGAGCUAUUGUGUUAGGUACCAGACAACACGACAGCUAGGAAGAAAGGGUGAUGGUGGUAUUACAGUUCCCAUAAUUCAUUAACCAGCUUCCAGAGCUUGGGAAGUUAUUUUUUGGAUGGUAGACUCUGCCAGCCAGUUCUAAGAACUGGAGUCCAAAAAACUUACA